AUGUCGGCUCCUCUCCCUGCAUAUGAGGACCUCCCCAACCCUCGCCAGUACUGGCCAGCUGCACCCGGCUCGUACGAGGAAGGCCUUGGUAUGCUCCGUCUUCUAACUCCCGAAAUCGUCUCCUCCGCCGCACGCAACGAAAUACAGUCCGGAGAACGUGUAUGCCUCAAUUGGGAACUCGAGAAUCUCAACCCGCCCGGCUUCGGUCGUCGUCCAUUUAACCAUUUAAUCAAAGUCGUGGAUGGUAGCAAUGGAGUCGCAUUGGACGAUGAAUACCACUUCAACCCUCAGCAGUCUUCCCAAUGGGAUGGGUUGAGACAUCAUUCCGCGCCUUGGCCGGAUAAGGAGAAUCCGGACAGGAAGUUGUGGUAUGGUGGUACGACGGUGGAGGAGAUCAUGAAUACCGAUUCGCCUCGUAUCGGUAUUGGUCAUUGGGCGAAGAAAGGUAUUGCUGGUCGUGGCGUUCUGAUCGAUUAUGCCUCCUGGGCUGAGCGGACCAAGGGUUUGAAACCGGACUAUGCCUUGACACGCCACAAGAUUACUCUCGACGAGGUCCUCACAAUUGCAAAAGAAAGCAAGAUUGAAUUCAAACAAGGAGACAUUCUAUUCCUCCGCGUCGGUCUCCCUCAAACCUGGAGCGCAAUGUCCGCUGCAGAGCGCAAGACAUAUUCCGAACAAGCAGUCCCUCAACACGCUGGUAUCGAGCAAUCGGAGCGAGUCCUAAAGUUCCUCUGGAACAACCAUUUCUCUGCCGUUGCCAGUGAUGCUGUCAGUUUCGAGGUUUAUCCGGCCAUGGAGAAGGAUUUUGAUUUACAUCAUCACAUUCUGGCGGGUUGGGGAAUGCCUAUUGGUGAGAUGUUUGAUUUGGAUGGGCUGGCUGAGUUGUGUAAACAGCAUAAUAGGUGGACUUUCUUUGUCAGCAGCAGCCCGUUGAAUUGUGCUCGGGGCGUGAGCAGUCCUCCUAAUUGUAUGGCUAUUUUCUAG